GAGGUGCAGUCCAGCCUGGCCGUUCCCUGCUUCGCUAGUGCUCCCGCGGCCGCCAGUGAGGGAGGGUGUGUCGCCUUCCGCUGCGUGCUGCCCUGAGAGCUCGGUGUGGUGCAGACUCGGCCCUCAUUCCGGGAACUGCUUUGAUUGGCUUACAUGGAACACAAGGCGAGGCGGCCACCCGGACACUGAGGAAGUAAUACUGACGUUGAAAGUAAUGCGGAUUCUUGAGUUGUUAUAGAAAAUUGAAGCUUAAAAAACAAAAACAAAAAAAGCAACAACAAAAACGAAAUGAUAAGUGAAUAAAUGAAGACGAAAAAGAAAAAAAUGAAAUAGAGAAAAAAAGAAAGAAAAGAGUUAUAGAAAAGAACACAAACGGAGAACAAACGGUGCCAAAUUAUUCACUUUGAAAAAAAAUAUAUAGAAUGCUAAACUUUUGUAACUCCUGUACCAGUCAGUCAGUCAGUCAGUCAGUCAGUCAGUCAGUCAGUCAGUCAGUCAGUCAGUCAGUCAGUGAAGAGAAACUGACUGAAUAAACCUUUGACUUACUGUAGAGGAAGACGAAGAGGAGGACGAGGAGGAGGAGGAGGAAGACUUGGAGGAAGACAUCAACUUUUCCACUCACUCUCUCCCACAAAAAUAUCGGAAAAAAAAGAAAAGUUAUUUGUAGUGAGGAAAUAUUUUUGAAAGAUAGUGCAAAUUAAAGAUAGUUUUAAAUCAUGUGGCGGGAUCCGUUGCUUCUCCUCACCUGUGUCACGCUGCUGCUGCUGCUGUGCCUCAUUGCAGGUGCACGGAGCGAAGUGGGGAUGGAGGAGGAAGAAGAGGAGGAGGCACGGAGGAGAUGGGAGGAGGAGGAAGAGGAAGGAGAAGAAGAGAAGACCGUGAAGAGAGAAGUGGUACUGGGGCCCAGGAGUUCUAGCCAAAUGCCUCUCACCCCCGAGGAGCAGAACAACACGGUAAUAGUGGCGCAGGUUGGCAGCACUGCGACCAUACAGUGCUACACUCACUACCUGCCCGACGAGAUGGUAACGUGGACCAAGAGAGACCAGGACCAGCUUCUGACGGCAGGCAUCCAAGUGUAUUCCUCCGCGACCAGGUACUCCGUCGCCCACGUCAGGCACCAGAAGCUGUGGGAGUUGUCAAUACGUGACGUGCGGCUGAGUGACGCGGGGCUGUACGAGUGUCAGGUCACGUCACACCCUCCGGCGUCACUUUUCUUCACACUGCGGGUGGUGGAGGCCAAGGCGGUACUGGAGGCUGGCGCAGAGGUCCACGUACACACGGGGGUCAAGUUUAGACUACAGUGUACAGUUCAGAACGCUACCAAACCGCCCGACUACAUCUUCUGGUUCCACAACGAUACGAUGGUGAAUUUCGCCAAGCACGGCAGACCCAUUACUGUAGUCCAGGAUUCCUUCGCCUCCACGCUGCUCAUCGCUAACGUCUCCUGGAGUGACGCCGGGGCAUACAGGUGUGAGCCGCACCUCGCCCACGCCGCUAACCUUACUCUGCACGUUGUGGAAGGAGAGAAACACGCUGCCCUGCACAACGGACACAGCGAAGAAAAAGAAGCCCCGCCCACCACUGCCACAAGCUCCGCCCACCCACUCCCAUCCUGGCUUCUCAUUGGCUGCUUCUGCCUGGUUUUGCUUAGACUGAGGCGAAUGGCAGCCGCUGAUUGGUUGUAGUGCUUGUGUGCGUGUGUGCGUGCGUGCGUGUGUACUUAAUAUAUUCGUGUAUGUUGUUUGGGGAAAUUAAUGAUGUUAUAAUUAUAUACAGAUGGUUAUAUAUAUAUACAUUAAGGUUAUUAUUAUUAUUAUUAUUAUUAUUAUUAUUAUUAUUAUUAUUAUUGUAAGGAUGAGUGUAUUUGUUUAAUUGCUUGUUAAAUUGUUUGUUUGUUUGUUUGUGUCCUGUUCGUGUUUGGCUGUAAAAAAAUUCCUAUUAUUAUUAUUAUUAUUAUUAUUAUUAUUAUUAUUAUUAUUAUUAUUAUUGUUAUUAUUAUUAUUGUUAUUGUUGUUGUUGGUUAUUAUUAUUAUUAUUAUUAUUAUUAUUAUUAUUAUUAUUCUUGUUAUUAUUAUUAUUAUUUCAAGAUGUGCUGUUAUAAAUUGAAUCCACAAAUCAGUUCUGCCUAUAAUAAUAAUAAUAAUAAUAAUAAUAAUAAUAAUAAUAAUAAUAAUAAUAAUAGGGUCAGUGUUUGCGUGUCUCUAUGUAACUGUUUGCACCGAAAUGAUAAAAAAAUAAAUAAAAUAAAUAAACAAACUUUAAUAAUAAUAUAAUAAUAAUAAUAAUAAUGAUAAACAAAACUAGGUAUAAGUGUUGCCAUAUCACCUUCCAUUCAUUUAUUUACCUCUCUCUCUCUCUCUCUCUCUCUCUCUCUCUCUCUCUCUCUCUCUCUCUCUCUCUCUCUCUCUCUCUCUCUCUCAUUAGGGAGAGUAGAGGACAAGAAACUGUGCUAUGAAUAAUGUAAAUUGUUUGUUUAUAUUAUGUGAAAAAAAAAAAUAUAUAUAUAUGAAUUGGUUCCCUCGCCCCGGCGCCAUCUUGUGACGUCACAGUGUAAACAAAACCACGUGACUUUGUUUUGAUUCCCACCUCCCCCUUCCCCUACCCCCAGCCUCCCUCCCCUCUCCCUCUCUCCCAAGUUCUGAGGUAUUUAAUUUUUUCAUUCAGGCAGUCAGUCAGUCUCUCUCUCUCUCUCUCUCUCUCUCUCUCUCUCUCUCUCUCUCUCUCUCUCUCUCUCUCUCUCUCUCUCUCUCUCUCUCUCUCUCUCUCUCUCUCUCUCUCUGCAAUACAUUUUUCCUCCUCACUCCCUCCUUUCUUCUUUCCUCCGCUUAUCUCCAUCCCUCCUUCUCCUCCAUUUUUCCUCCAUAUUCUCUUCUCUUUUCUCUCUUAUUCCGUGCUUCACUCCCUCCUCCUCUUCUCUUCCCUUCCUUCAGUUCUCUAUCUCUCUUCUUUCUCUAUCUAUCUUUACUUGUUUCCUUCUCUUCAUCAAUCUUCUCUUUUUCCUUCUCUGUUCUAUCUCUCUUUUAUCUCCUCUCCAUCACGUAUUCCUUGCCUCUCUCUCUCUCUCUCUCUCUCUCUCUCUCUCUCUCUCUCUCUCUCUCUCUCUCUCUCUCUCUCUCUCUCUCUCUCUCUCUCUCUCUCUCUCUCUCUCUCGUGUUGGUUCAAUCAACAAGAAAGAAAGAAAAGGAAAGAAAAUAAACUAAUAUACAGAAUAUAUAUAAAAAAAAUAUGUCUAAUGAUAAAGAAGAAAAACAAGGAAAAUUUAGAUCCAAAUUAUAAAGAAAAAAAUAAAUAAAUAAAAUAUCUAAUAAAUUACAAGCUAUCCACACACAAAACAUUUUAAACACCAAUAAUAAAUAAGUAAACAAACAAAUAAAUAAACAAACAACAAAACACUCCGGCAAAUUAGAAGCACAACAACAAAAGUAAAUUAUAUCGUGUACAAAAUAUCACAAACUUUCCAUUAAAAUCCUCUGCACCAAGUAUUUUUGUUUAUUUUUGUGGCCAAGAAUUAAAAUAAAAAAAUUCUUGAGUGUACUGCAAAAUGUUUACACCAUUUUCAUUACGGUGAAAAGAUGUAACGCUGUAUUUAAAUUCUCUCUCUCUCUCUCUCUCUCUCUCUCUCUCUCUCUCUCUCUCUCUCUCUCUCUCUCUCUCUCUCUCUCUCUCUCUCUCUCUCUCUC